CUGUUCUAGCGGUCGCUCUCAUUUCGGCAGAAAUAUUCACUCCUAACAAAUCCCAAGCAAUGGUGCUGGACCUUAUGUUUAGGCCUCUACAGGCUCCGACAGUGUCAAGCAUGGUUUGGCCAACCCUAUCUAUGGUCGUGGCAGUAUACGUUGCUCGCCUCAUCUACCACGCGUAUUUCUCACCUCUGGCAUCCAUCCCAGGACCGUUUCUCAACAAGAUAUCCAAUCUACCGCUCAACUACCAGCUGAUCCGUGGACAAUUUCACACCUACUCAGUCAAACUGCACGCCGAGUACGGCGAGGUUGUGCGCAUUGGCUACGACCAUAUAUCUCUUUCAAGCACCUCGGAUACACGUAUGGUUCUUGCCACUCAUGCGUUUCGGAAGGGACGCAUGUAUAAGGAGAUCGGCGGCAACGGAUGUGAACCCAGCAUGUUCGCUACAACACUUCCAGAAGUGAACAAGGCUCGUCGGCGUAUGUUGGGGGAUGCGUUUGCGACACACACGAUGCGCGCUGUUGAAAACUUGGUGGUGGACGCUGGCGCCAGCGCGCUUAUCACCGCAUGGGACAGUGAGAUUGCCAAGCAAGGACAAGUUGCCAGGGUUAACUACUACUACGCCUUUCACCGCAUGGCGGUAGACGUUAUUGGCGCAGUCGCUUUUGGCUCUAGCUUCAAUAUUCUGAAAACCGGGAACGCGGAUAUCAUCGACUGGCUGCACGAUACCGCGAUGGUUGCUGCUAUACGAAACCUUGCGCCAUGGCUCGCAAGGAAACCAUGGGCUUUUAAGAAGCUCAAGGAGUCACGCAGGAAAAUUGAACAGAUAACGUAUGACUCUAUCAUUACCCGCAAGAAAGUGGUCAGCGAAACUGGGCUGCCACCGCGCAUAGAUGUGCUGCAAAAGUGCAUCAAUGCUAAAGACCCCGAGACAGGCCAAGGGCUCACGCCACCCCAACUCGAGUCCGAAUUGAUUCUGAUGCUCGUGGCUGGUUCCGAUACCACUGGCAGCACCCUGACAUGGAUAGUGAUGAACUUGCUGCACAACCCAGAAUGCUACAAGCGCGUUACAAACGAAAUCCGCUCGACAUUCCCCGACACUUCUCAAACGAUCCCGUAUGCCAAUGCCAAAACAAGGCUACCAUAUCUCUCGGCUGUCAUCUACGAAAGUAUGCGGAUUACCUCACCAUCUGCUACAAUGCUCACACGGAAUAUUUGUCUGUCUUUUGGCGCCUGCCACCACAACCCUCGUCUGUGGAAGAACCCUGGUGUGUUUGACCCCGAGCGCUUCCUUGGCCCAGAUUCAACCAAGAGGAUCAAUGACGUUCUUACGUUCAGCACUGGUGUUCGCGUCUGCAUUGGACGAAACCUGGCAAUGCUCGAUAUCUUCACAGCGCUUGCCAAUAUUCUACGCCGGUAUGAUUUCAAGCUGCCCGAUGAUGCACCGUACGGUCCUCACAGACUGAGCCCCAGCGGCAUACCAGUUGAGGUGCCUGGGUUGUCUUAUCUUGUUACCGGACCAGUAAACCCCAAGAAUAAUUGCUGGGUCAGCAUCUCUCUGGCCUGAUAUAGCUACUUUUUAUCACUAAACUUUCCAGAUUCAACAUGCCUGGGGCCAUGAGGCUUGGGAG